AUGCUCGGUAUCAAUUUCAUUUCUGGCGUGAGGCUCAUCCUCACUGCCUGCCUGUUGUCCUCCAUCUCGCAAGCCAGUCUCAUCCCCAGCAACCCUCUCGGUGCUCGAGGACUGAAGCCAUAUCCAAGACGUACCUUGGGAGGCGUCUCUGUCGUCGAUACCCCGAUUGUUCGGGCAGCCGAAGCAUUUGCCAGACAGAACGGCCAAGACUUUACGUACAAACAUAUCAUGCGCUCGUGGCUGUUCGGCGCGCUCGUCAUCCAGCAUAACGAAACGCUACGUGCCACCAUCGACCUCGAGGUUCAUGCGGUUGCCGCUCUUCUCCACGAUUUGGGUUGGGACCAGACGGAUGGCUCACCUAUGGUCAGCGCCGAUCGGCGGUUCGAGGUUGAUGGUGCGAUCGCUGCUCGGAACUUCAUCAGAGACCACCGGGACGGCAAGCGAUGGGAAGAGCGCCGGGUGCAGUUGGUCUGGGACGCUAUCGCAUUACAUACCCAGCAGAGCAUCGCCCUCUUCAAGGAAUUGGAUGUCCAGGUAGUGCAUAAAGGUAUUAUCACGGAUUUCGAUGGCCCGCAACUGGGUAUCACAAAGGACGAAUACGCUGCCGUGGUGAAGGAGUUUCCCAGGGACGACCUCCGAGAUGGCCUCAAUGAGACCGUUAUCUGGCUCUGUAGUACGAAGCCAGCGUCUACUUAUGAUACUUGGAUGCAACCGUGGGGGGAGGCAUAUGUUGCCAAUUACUCCGCGGUGGGAAGUCGGUUGUUCGACAGGCCGACGUAUUGA